CGAUGGCGUUCCCGAAGUGCGUCCCGCCCCCUGCAAAGACUGUCGGCAAAUCCAAUCGGUUCUGAAGAUGACGGGCGGCGCCUUGGUCAAACUGCUGCAGAGCGAGGGUCUGCCCUCUUCCCUGCAGCUACUCCUGUCCGCCAUGAAGAACCUCCUAGAACCGGGACACAUGACGGCGGAGGACGUCGGCCAGUGGGCCAACGAGCAGCUCAGGGACAUACGUCGGCUGCAACGACACCUAGAAGACGUGCGCGGCACCGUCGACCCCCUGAGGGACCGGCUGGCGGCGGCAGAGGCAGAGCUGCAGCGUUUGACGUCAGAGUUGGAAAUGACACGCACGGACUCCAAGCGGCAAAUGGAAAAGCAGCAGGCAACCGUUGUCCGGCUGGAGUUUUCGCUGAACAAGGCGGAGCGAUCCCUGAAGGCGGCGGAGCAAAGUCUACGAGAGAAGAAACGGGAACUGGAAAGAGAAACUUCGUCUUUGGAGCAAAGGAACUCCAGGCUUCAAGAAAAAGUAGCGGCGCAGCAGGAAACUCAACAAGUACUUGAAAGUGAAAAGAUUGCACUAGAGGAGAAAUUGAAGUCAGAGAACGAGGCUUGUCGUCUUCUCCGACAAACAGUUCAGGAACUGCAGGCUCAGAUUUCCGAAAGCCGGAUCCUUCUGGACAAAGAAAACACCAAGUUUGACAGUGCACGUCGACAACAGGAGUCGAUGCAAACGAAGCAGAAAUCUCUGCUGGAGCAGGUGGAGGCGCUGGAUGAAGAGUGCGAAGAGCUGCAGAGGCAGUUGGAGGAGCGCCGCGAUACUCAGGUCCAACUGGAGGAGGAGCUACAGCGGACGACGGAUGAGAAGGAGCGACUGCAAGUACAACUGAACAAACAGCAGGACUGUGGUUCGGAGCUCCAGAAAGAGAAACAGAUGCUGGAGGCCAACGUCCGUCAGCUCGAUAAGGACGUGGCCGAGCUAAGGGAACACGUGCUGACUCUGACGCAGAGGGAGAGGCUGCUGGUGGCUUUCCCGGAGCUCAGUCCACUGGCUCGGACGCAGCCGCAGAGUACCGGGAACAUGCUUUUGGACAUGGAGAAACAAAUGCAGGCGAACGACAUCCGCAUAAAGGUUCUUGAGGAGGAAAAUGCCGCUUUGCGCUGCAGUCUGGGCAAAGUGAGGGCACUGGGGCAGCGCGGCGCUCUGAGAGAACCAUCGUCCCCCUCUCUGUCCGAUGGACCCGCGGAAUCACCACGAACUGACCACGGUCUUGGGCAGAAGAACCAGCUCUAUAGUAGCAGCAGUAGCAUCAGCAACGUGGGCCACGAGCGCAGUGACAGCGGCGUGAUGUCAGUCGGGUCAGAGGGUCGCCGUGGGUCCAGCACCGGGUCCCCCUCUCAGCCGGUACACCUCCAAACCCUGCAACUCAAGACUCCGCAACACGCUGCCACGAGGUGCCGGACACACGGUGUUUCCGUUCACUCCCACGGUAGAGGCUUAAGACAGCGGAAAUAAAUACCUAAAAAUACAGAAGUCGUCGACAUCUGUGUUUAUUUGGAUUCUUUGCGGAAUCUCGUACAAAUGAUCGGAAGCCGAUGAGGAAAACAUACACGGGUAUGUUUGUAUAUAUGUGUUAGAUAACUACUCUUAUGCCACUAGAUUUUGUUUUUUUGUCAAACAAAGUGUUACACUGUCGACCUCCACUAGGGGGAUCGUAAUAAAGUUCUAAUGUAAAUAUUCCUA